CUCUUCCGGCCUGUCCUCUUUCCCCCGUCCCCGCUCCCUCUGUUUCCACGUGAACGCCUCUCGCGUUCCUUCUCCCGUGGUCCUCGCCCAUGAGUGAGCCGACCUCGGUCGACAUCCUGCAGGGGCAGAUCCUCGCGGUGGCGGCCCACCUGAGCUCGGCCUGCCGGCACUGCCAGGCCCUCUUUGGCGAUUGGCGCGGCUUGAUCCUGUCGCAAACCCGGCGCACGGUCAAUGUGGCCGACUUCCUGGCGACUCUGAACCGCGAGCCUGCCUCGGCCGCCCCGAUCGACGACUGCGCCAUCUGCUUCGGCCUCUUCCGUCAGUGCACGGCGCCCAGCUUCUUGGAGGAGGUCGGCCAGAGCGCCCGCGCGUUUGACCCCUUCCCCGGCACCUUCGAGGUCCUGGUGAAUGAUGUCCCGGCCUCCCUGCAGCUGCGCCUCAUGCGUCUUUACGUUGUUUGCACCAAGAUCAGUGACAAAAUGCCCACCCCCCUGGAUGUGCGUUCCGGCGCGCGGGCCGUCUGCCAGGCCCUGAUCGCGGAGGCCACCGCCGAGCGCCCGAGCCACGGUCGUUACGACCCGGCCAUCGAGGUGCGAAUCACCCUGGCAUUCGACUAUUCCGGAGCCCAUGCCGAUCUCCGGGUUUUGAGCGACCUGCCGGCCGAGGCCGGGCCGGCGCGCAUCCCCCAAACCGACCCGCGCAAGGUCAACCACCCGUAUGCGGUCCUGCAGCCGGGCAUCCUGGUGUCGGCCCUGACCCGCUACAAGGUGCCGACGCCGGCCAUGCCGCCGGCCUCCCCCGAGGCCGAUGUCCCGGUCGAUGGCGCCAAUCCGACCGACGCCCCGGCCGACGGUGGCGACGCCACCAUCCCGGCCGUCGACAGCGCGGGGGCCGGCGCCUCGACUGGCGCCGCCGAUGUGCCCCCCACCCCGGCGACCGAGCCGGGCAUCUCCUUCACCUGGCUGGAGUAUGGCCUGCGCAUGCAUGCCGGCCAGCGGCCCCCCUUCUCCGGCGCCGAUCUGUCCGUGGUGCCGGACCUCCCGCGCCCGGGGUCGCCUCUGCGCAUGACUUGCGCCUUCACUUCCCCGUCGCUCUACAUUGCCGGCCGCUACACCAAGCACUCUCGCGAGGUGUCCCAAUCGAUCUGGGUCAUCGGCGGCCGCAUCGACCAGCUGGCGGAUGAGGACUCCGGCCCGGCCUCCGCCGGGUCCGGCGGAGCCGGGCCCACCCGUAAGACCGCCCUUUCGGUGGAAGAGGCCCUGGCCAAGCCGCUGUCGGCGCUCACCGGCGCCGGUGGAGCGGUGUUUGUCGGGUCCGGCCGGGAGGAUGCCGACGUGCGGAUGCUCGGCCAGGGUCGGCCCUUCUAUGUGGAGCUUCAGAACCCGCGGCACCGCCCGGGCCCGGCCUCGCUGGCCGCCCUGGGAGCGGCCAUUUCCCGGCUCGCCGGGCCCGAGGCCGAGGCCUUCGGCCGGGCAUUGCGCCAGCGUCCGGACUCGGCCACUGACCCCGACCUGAUCGCGGGGCUGCCGGCCGCGUGUGUCGGCUCGGCCGGCGGCCAGCCGGUGCGCCUGCACCGCGAGCAGCUAGUCAGCCUGACCCUCGAGCAGACCAAUCCCAUUCGGGUUCCGGAUGCCGCGGCCGAGGCCGAAAAAACCAAAACCUACCGGGCGGUGGUGCGCGUCCGCGCCGACGUCCUGGCCCGGAAUGGGCUCCUCUCAAGCCAGUCGGAGGAUUUCCAGGCCCGGCGUCAGGCCGGACCGGCGGCCACCACGGCCACCACCUCCCCGGUGGACAGUGCCGACGCCGCCGAGCGCCUCAUGCAGGAGGAUCUGGCUCGCGUGGAGCCGGCUCUGGCCGAUCUCAUUCGCCGGGUGGCCGAUACCCGCGAUCUGGCCCUGAAUCAGGAUACGCCGCUGCGCGUGCUUCACCGCCGCGCGCCGAUGACCCGCGUGCGUCACAUCCACGCCAUGCAGCUCCGGCCCAUUUGGCACCAGCCCCUGGACUCCGGCGCUCGGUACUUUGAGCUCUUCCUCACCACCCAGUCGGGCACCUACAUCAAGGAGUUCGUACAUGGGGAUCUCGGCCGCACCAGCCCCUCCUUCGGGUCGCAGUUCCUCGGCAUCAAUCCGGCCGGCCCCUUCUGGCCCGCGAGCGCCAAUCACACGACCGAAUCCCCGGUGGACAUUGUGGCCCUGGAUGUGUUCGAAGUGGAGCUGGCCUGGCCGCCGACCGAGGAGGCCACCCCCGAUCCGGGGCUCGGCGAGCCCCCCAGCAAGCGCCCGCGUGUUGAAGCCGCGGCCGGCCCUGCCUCUUGUUGAUUGGCAGGGGCCGGC